AUGGCCCAGGGUACAGUGAUCCAUGUGGCCCCAGAGCAGCCCACCUAUGACGUGUGUGUGCUGGGCACCGAGACUCAGCUGGAUGUCUACGGCUCUGCCCCUAAGGACUGCACAUCCUUUAGCAUCAGUGCUUCCCCAGGAGUGGUCGUAGAUGUUGCCCACCGCCCUCCGGCCAAGAAGAAUCUCACAGGUUUCUCCAAGUGGCUCCUGGCCCCUGGGCUGGAAGUGAGCCUGAAGAUGAGAGCUGCCAGCAAUAGCAAAGGGGACCGGAAGGUUCAGAUUUAAUACUAUGGACCCGAAACCACUCCAGCUGAAGCCCUGCUCUACAUCACCGGGGUCGAAAUCUCCUUGAGCGCGGACUUCACUCGCACUGGCAAAAUGAAGUCCACCGGAGGCAGGAAGGACCAGAGGACCUGGACCUGGGGCCCUCAUGGGCAGGGCGCCAUCCUGCUAGUGAACUGUGACAGAGACAAUCCCAAAUCUUCCACUGUGGACUGCAAGGAUGACCAGCUUGACAGCAAAGACCUGAAGGACGGGUCCUUGGUGACCCUGAGCACGAAGACCCCCAGGGACUUCAGCAAGCACCAGCUGGUGCUCCAUGUGGCCAAGUCUGAGAUGGAUAAAGUCAGGUGUUUCGAGCCAAUGGUGAACAAACAGCCCUCCAGGUACGGCAUGAUCCUGGGGUCACAGCAUCCCUCUCACCCCCUGGAGCUCCAGGGUGGCCAUCACAGCACAGACUUCUAUGUGGAGAGCCUGGCUUUCCCAGACGCCAGCUUCCCAGGGCUCAUUUCCCUCAAUGUCUCCCUGCUGCACAUAAUAACUAAGGGGUUAUUGGAAAAUGAGGAUUUCCCGAAGUCAGUGGCUGCUCUGGCCAAGAAAGCCAGGUGCAGGCUGAUGGCCUGUGCCAAGGAGGAUAGCAUGAAUGACCGGUGGGUGCAGGCGCGUGAUUUUGGCUACGUGACUCAAGUGCCCCAAACAGGGAGAGUUACUGACCUCGACUCCUUUGGGAACCUGGAAGUGAGCCCCCCGGUGACAGCCGGGGAGAAGGAAUACCUGCUGGGCAGGAUUCUCACUGGGGACAGCGGUUACCCCAGCAAGGAGAGCCAGGAGAUGCACCAGGACCUGCAGGAUUUCCUCAGUGCCCAGCAGGUGCAGGCCCCUGUGAAACUCUACUCCGACUGGCUGUCUGUGGGCCACGUGGAUCAGUUCCUGAGCUUGGUUCCAGUGCACAAGAAGGGCUUCCGGCUGCUCCUGGCCAGCCCCAGGUCCUGCUACAAACUGUUCCAGGAGCGAAUGAAGGAAGGCCAUGGGGAGGCUCUGCUGUUCCAAGGGGUCAAGAACAAAACCCAGCAGAAAAUAAAGGACAUUCUGUCAAGCGAGAAACUGAGAGAACAUAAUUCAUAUGUGGAGAAAUGCAUCGACUGGAACCCGGAGGUGGUGAAGCCGGGGGAGCUGGGCCUGACGGAGCGGGACAUCGUGGACAUCCCCCAGCUCUUCAAGCUCCAGAAAGGCUUCAAAGGGACCCUCGAGGCGGAAGCCUUUUUCCCAAACAUGGUGAACGUGCUGGUGCUGGGGAAGCACCUGGGCAUCCCCAAGCCCUUCGGGCCCGUCAUCAACGGCCGCUGUUGCCUGGAGGAGAAGGUGCGGUCCUUGCUGGAGCCGCUGGGCCUCCACUGCACCUUCAUCGAUGACUUCUACACCUACCACGUUAAGCAGGGGGACGUGCACUGCAGCACCAACGUGCGCUGGCAGCCCUUCUCCUUCAAGUGGUGGUGCAUGGUGCCCUGA